GACCAGGGUCGAACGCGGAACUCGUUGGACACUGUGAGUUCCGUGCAGGCCGAAGAGUUCGCACCUCGAGUCCCUGUGAUGGCCAAGUACAGACUGCUUUUGUUAAGGCAUGGGGAGGGGGCGUGGAACAUAGAGAACCGCUUCUGCAGCUGGGUGGACCAGAAACUGAGCGAGGACGGGGUGAAGGAGGCCCGCGACUGUGGGACGCUUCUUAAGGCUCAGGGCUACGAGCUCGACCUGGUUUUUGCCUCCCUGCUGAGCCGCUCCAUUCACACCGCAUGGCUGGUGCUGGAGGCCAUGGGACAGGAAUGGGUGCCCAUUGCUAAGUCGUGGAGGCUGAACGAGCGGCAUUAUGGGGCCCUGAUCGGGCUCAACAGGGCCGAGAUGGCACUCAACCACGGCGAGGAACAGGUGAAACUGUGGAGGAGGAGCUAUGACCUCACUCCCCCUCCUAUCGACGAGUUCCACCCCUACUUCUUUGAAAUAUACAAUGACCGAAGGUACAGUACCUGUGAUGUCCCGAAAGAAGACCUUCCUCGGUCGGAGAGUCUGAAGGAUGUCCUGGAUAGGUUACUUCCCUACUGGGACAAUGUCAUCGUGCCAGAGAUUAAGAAAGGCCGGACCAUUCUUAUUUCAGCCCAUGGGAACAGCUGUAGGGCUCUGCUGAAGCACAUUGAAGGAAUCUCAGACGCAGAUAUCGUUGGCGUAACUUUACCUACCGGGAUCCCCAUUCUGCUGGAGCUGGAUGAAGACCUGCGGCCGGUGAAGCCCCGGGAGCUCCUGGGAGAUCAGGCAAAGAUUCAGGCAGCUAUCAAGAAAGUGGAAGACCAGGGAAAGGCAAAACAAGUGGCCAAAUAAGGGGCAUGGAGGAGAAGAGAGCGGCUUGCGUCAAGCGAUAUUCCUGUGGUUUCAGGUAUGAUAUGUAGGUAGUUAUCC